AUGACUGUGUUUGAUUCGAGAAUUGAACUUUGUUUGAAUCUCCAAUAUGUUGUUCCUUUGACCUCCGAAGACGGCAAAACGCCCAACAGCGGAAACGCCCAGGCGGGUUCGACACAUUUGGACAGCGGUUCGGAAUCCCUCGACGAAGUGAAGCCCUCGCUCUCCUCGCUCGACUCUCCUCUCCCCAACGUCAACACCCACAUCGUUCAGGACCCCGUGGGCCACACCGAGCUGUACAGCGAGCUGAGCAAGGUGGGCGGCGGCGCCAACGGCAUGUCGUCGGUGGCGCCCGUGCCGGCGUCCGUGAGCUCGGCGUCCGCCAUCGCCGCCGCCUACCAGACGCAGCUGAGCCUGGCGGCGGCGGCGGCGGUGGCGGCCAGACACAACACCAUGGGCGGCGACCACGGCGGCGCGCCCAUGGCCCCCCCCUCCCACCACGACAUCCUCCAUGACUACCAUUCGUUGUGACACAGCGGCCUAUAGAGUCUGCCCCCCCCGCGCCCUCCCUCGCCCCCGCCCACGCCCGAGGUGACGCGACUGCCGCCGCCCACGAUGCUGCCGCUGCUGCCGCGAGCCACAACACCACCGCCCACCGCCGACGACUAGCAGGACGCCCACCGCGCCCACGCUCUGUGGGGUGACGAGCGGGACGCCCACCGCCCACCGCCGCCGCCCACCCGUGAGGAGAGGAGGGCGCACGGAAAGCCCGGUUCCUGCGACGCCAGCCGAUCCAACAUGGCCGCCGGAGGGAACCACGGAGAGGAAAACGAAGGAAAGAAAGAGAAGCGAGGAAACAAACCGAAACAAAGAACGAAGAGAACGGAAAGAAGAAUAAUCACAGAACCAAAAGCAACUCAAAAGAAUCACAGAAGCGGCCCGUCUGACGCCACCACUACCCCCCCCCCCCCACAGAAAUGGCACAGAACCCCCCCCUAAAAGACUCACAGCAUCUUUCUUUUUUACUCCCAGUGACAUUUCUCUCCGCCCUUCCUUUAGCAGCUUCUAAAGGCGUGUGCGAUUGCAUGGGCGUGGGUGUCAUAUAUAUAUAUAUAUAUAUAUAUAUAUAUAUAUAUAUAUAUAUAUAUAUAUAUAUACAUGUACACACACACAGUAUAUAUAUCUCUAUAUAUAUUGGAAGGGCAGGUGGCCCCAUCCCCCCCCCAAACAAAAGUCCUGUGUGUCUGUCUGUUCAAGAAGGACGAUUCUCAAACGCAACGGUAUGGCCAAGAAACCCUUACGCGUAACCAGACUGAGUGAUCGCUUUUUUGGAUUAUGAAGGGCUCUUAUUAUUAUUAUUAUUAUUAGUGUUACUAUUUUUUUUUUUCUUUUUUUUUUCCUGGAUGUUUCAAAUAUUCCUUAUUAUGUGGUGGUUGUAGUGCUAGCCCCGAAGUGUUAGUGUCAACACACCGCCCGUUUGUGAUAAAAUAAGAUACGGAAACUUUUUUCUUUCUUUUUUUCUUUUUUUUAAACAACGAUAGACCUAUAAUGUUUACUGUUACCAUCCGUGUUGUGCUGUGGCAGACGUGCAAGGAACUGUGGGUAUUGCAGCUUGCAGUGUCGGACUUUCACUCUCCUACACUGAGACUAUCACCCAGCAUUGGCCUCGAGAACGUCAUUGCAACGAAGAAGAGGAGAAGGAGGAUGACCAAGAAGGAAAAGGAAGAAGAAAAAGGGAGAAAAUGAGAGAAAGAAGCGGUAGCCCUGUCGCUAAUUAUAAAACCAAACAAAAACAAAAACACAUAGCCUAUAUCUCGAAUCUACUUAAUCACGGAAAAAAAGAUCAGAAGAAAAGAGAUCAGAAAAGGGGUGUAUUACCCAUAGAAUACCUGAGCUUUAAAAAAAAACACACACGCGCAGGAGAAGGUGGAGUUUGUAUACCCUGAGUGUGACGUCAUCAUCACGUGACAAGGGAGGGCGAGAGAUAAGAAUGGAGAAGAAGAGAGAAGAGAAGAGAGAGUGAUGAUUUAUCCAAAUUAAACAAAAAAAAAUCUGAGAAUAAUGCAGAGGGUUAUAUAUAUAUUUUUUCUUUUUCUUUUUUUUGUUUUUUUUUUAAGUGUCCCUUUCUUUUUUCUCUCUCUCGUCUCCGCGCCCUCCCUUCACAGCUCCACCAAUCCUGUGUAUUAUUUAUCAGGUUCUACUUAGUUCAUCUUCCUGAGAGAAAGAAAGAAAGAAAGAGAGAGAAAGAAAGAAGUGGAAUAAAGACAAAUCCCUUCAUUUCUCCCCCUCUCUUUUGGGAUGAAAGGUAUUUGAAUUCGCUUUCUAUUUAUAAAACAAAAUCUCAAGGAACUAAGCAGAACCUGGAAAGUAAACUGGCCAAGUCAACUCUUUGGAUCCUAACCAGGAAUUACUUUUUUGUUUUAUAUAUACAUACAUAUAUAUAUAUAUAUAUAUAUAUAUAUAUAUAUAUAUAUAUAUAUAUAUAUAUAUAUAUAUAUAUAUAUAUAUAUAUAUAUAUAUAUAUAUAUCCCUCUUCCAUGUAUACAGGGAUUCCCUGUGAAGAAUAGUGAAGCAAAAUGUCUACUUAAAUAAACAAGGGAAACAUCUUGUGGUAUUCCUGGAGUGUAGAUCUAUUGAUUUUAUCACUGAUUAUUAUUAUCAUUAUUUCGUCUUAUAAAUAUGUAUUUUUUUUAACACCCAGCCUAAUUUCUGUAUAGGCUGGGCCCAUUGUCUAAAUCUCUUGAAAUAGUAAGAUUUGUACAGACGUUUUUGCCUGUGGCGUUGCAGGCCAGAGGCGUCGACGAGAAGAGAGGUGAUUGGCUCUUUGAGAAUAGAUAUGUGAUCACUGAUUGGUCAGAGGACUUUGGUUAGAGAUAGCACCAGCCAAUCAGAGGAUAGAUAUGUGAUUAUCACUGAUUGGCUACUGGACUUUUUUUUUUGUUAGAGAUAGCGCAGCCAAUCAGCGGAUAGGAAUCGAGUCCUAGGAUUAUAAACGAUAUAAUCUGUCUCCACACCGGAGUCCGAGUGUGGAAUUGAAGCCUCUGUCUCUCUGUAUGAUGGUGUUUGUAUAGAUCAAUGAUGGAACACUUUUUUGUAUAGAAGGGUGCACCUUUGUAUGAUAGAAAUGCCUCUAAUAGAAAUUAGAUUAUUUCAAGUAAUGUUAUAGAAAUGUUAAGCUGUAUAAACAAAAUAAAAAAAGAAAAAGAAUACUCCUUUCUAGAGCAGAAUGGUUUAGAGUUUUCCAAAUCGUCUCUUUCGUUCGAAUUCCAGACGCGUGUUUAGCAAGGUUGAAGAGCAUUGCAUUCCAUGUUUCCUGAAUGAUCUUUAUUGUUAUGCCGAAGCACUUGCAGCAUUUGGCAAAAAUAAGAAUAAAAAAAACUAAUGCGAUGCCCUGUAGCACUUGGCUUGAAUCCUAGAAGAGAAAAAAGAAAUUUUUAAGGAUAAACUGUAUGUGAUUUUUUUUUGUUAUGUUCUCGUUUAGGAGGAAGCCUAAGCCACGGCCGCGUCGGACCGAACACUGCCUGAAACCUGUGCUUCGGUAUAAUAUUUUUUUUUCAUACUCCUAUAUGUACAUUUUAUCAGAGAUACCAAAUAAAUAUCGUAGUGAAUAUGCAAUCCCAACGAAAUCCAUUGAAACUAUCGAAGUAAAAGGAUUGUAAACUACCAAAAAUAGAAAAAGUUCAGGAAAAAAAAAUCAAAGGACAUUUUCUAAGCGCAGUUCUGUCGUUCGGAUCUUAAUGGCGAUGCCGGCUUUGUCCAGCAGUUACCAGAAUUAUCGAAUUUUAUAUAUAUAAAAAAAACUUUUAAUUUCAAGAAAAUCAAGGCUUAAAAAAAUAGGGGGUUUCUUCUCCUGUCAGUAUUUGUAUAAUUUGAUUAUCGUUCACUUUUUCUAGGAUAAAAGUGAACUUGUUAGAUGGAAGUUAGACUAAUGUCUUAUUAAAAAAAAAAUAAAUGAAAUUAACAGUGAAGAUGCUAACAGGAAUUCUUUCUUGUGUAACAAUAUAUUUUUUUUCUAUCUUUCAUAUAGAACCAGAUUUUGCACAAACUUUUUUUCAUGAUGGCAAUACCAGAUAUGAAAGUGUGUGUAGUGUGCCGUCUGGUAAACCUUUUUUUCUAUCUUUCUGGUACAUUAAAAAAAAAGAAAAUAUAAUGUUCCUAAUAAGAGUCUUUUCUACGUGUUUUCUUUUUUAAUCUGUACAAAUUUGUAGCAAAACCUUGAGUACAAUAUAUUCUGUUUUUUAUUAUUAUUAUCAUUCUGAAAAAAAAAGAGGAAAUCGACUCGAAAUCUAUUUCCUACGAAACCACGAUCCUAUUAAAAACAAAAACAAAGGAGCAUCGGUUUGAUACUCCGUGAAUCCCCUUUCGUCCUCUUUCAUACCUUAUUUAUAGAAUCAAAUUUCCUUUCCUCACCCCCCCCCAAAGCAAAUGCUCUGACGUAGCCAAUCUUUUUACUGAAGUCUCCCUCGAUUUUUUUUUUUUUUUUUUUUACAUUUUUAUGAUUUGAUCGACUAAUUGUACAUAUAUUUACUUAUAAAACUACAAAGAGGAGGAUUGUAUAUAGUUAAUAUAAUGUGAUGUGUCGCUGCUUCUGCUUCAUGCAAAUCUUGCUCAUAAAUGUUAAUAAAAAUCACAGUUAAUACAA